GUCCAUCCGGAAGCAGUAGGUCAUCCGGAUACUUUUCGCCUACUGUUUUUGGAAUACUACGAAUCCGGACAUACUACUGGCCUCAACUACUGCUUUUCGCCUACUAUACAGUACUGUAUGGUAGUAGGCGGUUUUGGACGCAGCCAUGGAGACACCAGAAAACGGGAGCCCCUCGUCCCUCAGAAAGGAGGAAAACACCACAGGCAACAGUAACACUGAGGCUGAGGAAGCGUCGUGCAGCAGUGAGCCAGUGGAAACCAAAGAAAAAGUUGUAGAGAAAGGUGAGGAAAAGCUGUCUCUGAUCACCUGGAAUGUGGAUGGGCUUGAUGGAGAGCAACAGCCAGAGAGAGCCCGAGGCCUCUGCUCCUGUUUAAGCAAGUACUCUCCUGACGUGGUGCUUCUUCAGGAGGUCGUCCAACCCUAUGUCCGCUUCUUGCACAACCGUCUAGCUGCCGACUACACUUUCAUUGAAGGUGGUAAGUUAGGUUACUUCACUGGGAUGAUGCUGAAGCAGUCCCGAGUCACUCUGCUGCGCAGUAAGAUUAUCCCCUACCAAACCUCUCACAUGAUGAGGAACCUGCUUGUCGCUCAGGUAGUGUUCAAAGGCCAGGAACUCUGGCUGAUGACGUCCCAUUUGGAGAGCUGUAAGAACAACGCAGAGGAGCGGAUGAAACAGCUGCGAUGGGUGAUGAAGAUGAUGAGCAAAGCACCUGAUAACGUUACUGUCCUGUUUGGGGGGGACACCAACCUGAGGGAUGCUGAGGUGGCCCAGGUAGGCCUCCCCAGCUGCGUCUGUGAUGUGUGGGAGCAGCUGAACCAGCCAGAGCACUGCCGCUUCACAUGGGACACCGUGGCCAACACCAACAAGGAUAUGAGGUUCAAGAGCCGCUUCCGCUUUGACCGGGUGUACUUGCGCCGGGCUACCAAGGAUGGCGUCCCAUGGCUGGAGCCUGAGAGCAUGGCCUUGGUAGGGCUGGAGAAGCUCAAGUGUGGCCGCUACACCAGUGAUCACUGGGGCAUCCAUUGCAUGUUCUCUCUAUCUAAGUAGAAAUGCACAAACAGUUGU